CCUCCUUCUCCUCCUCUCGGCCGCUGCGCCUCAGUCCGGCCCGCUGAGGAGGCCUCUGCUUCCGGCCCUUCAGGAGAAGGCAGCCAGAAGGAUGGCAGGCGAGCUGGAGACGCUGCGAGAGGAAGUGGCCGCGCUGGAGGCCGAGGUGGGCGCCUGUCGGAGCCGCCUGGAGCGGGAGAAGAAGCGCCGCCUCAAGGCCCAAGCCGCCGCGGCCAAGUGGAGGAGACAGGUUGAAGAACUGAAUAAGAAAAUCAGUGAGAGCAAAGGAAACAAGAAGGCAACAUGCACUGUAGAAGUACAGACAGAAGAUGUUUCAUCAUGGUCAGAUUCAGAUUACUGCUACCAUAAUUAUAACAGUUCUGAUCCUCAUGAUUUACCCAGUGUACCAGUGCAGUCAGAUAAUACAGAACCAAACUACAAAUGUGCAGAUGAGUUACAGUUAAGUGAUCAUUCACAUGUAAACGGCACAAAGCAUGAUGAGCAAGGGAAACAUGACUGUAUAAUCCACAAUGAUCAGAAAUCAGAAGAUCUUUUGUUAACAGAAGGUACAUUAGCAGAAAGUCUAAGAGCUGCUGCAGAAGCUGCUGUAUCACAAACAGGAUUCAUAUAUGAUGAAAGCACUGGAUUAUACUAUGACCAUAGCACUGGAUUUUAUUAUAAUUCGGAAUCCCAAUUGUAUUAUGAUCCAGCCACUGGAAUUUAUUACUAUUGUGAUGUUGAAAGUGGUCGAUAUCAAUUCCAUUCACGAGUGGAUCUCCAGUCUUAUGGAAGUGAAAAUGCUCAGCACAGCAAAGAUAAAAAAAGCAAAAAGAAGAAAAAAGAUGCAGAGUGGUCUGUGGCAACUGAGCAGAAGGAAUUAAACACAGAUGAACAGAAAUCUUCCAACAGUCUGAAUUGCCUUUCUACCACCGAUGAAAUAAGUUUGCUUGAAGAGAAAGACUCUCCACAUGUGAAAAAAGCUAAAUUGGACAUUGAUACAAGAAACAGAUUAACAAUCAAAGAAUCAAGUAUUCCAAAUAACAAUUUACAGCUCAAGAACACAAAAUGUACUUCUAUAGAUGACAGUAAAACAGAGACUGAGAGUGAACCAGAAGAAGGUGAAAUUACAGACUCUGAACAAGAAGAAUAUAGCAGUGAAGAUGAAGUGUCAAGUGAUGACACUGUAAAUUCAGAAGAUAAUGACAGCGAAGAUAUUGACAAGAUCUGGCCGCCUUGUAUUAGAGUGAUUGUAGUAAGAUCACCUGUACUCCAGAUGGGAUCUCUAUAUAUCAUCACAGCUGACAAACCUGCCACAAUUGGAAGAGCGAAAACUAUGGAACACACACUCCAAAUUCCAGAAGUGGGUGUUAGUAAGUUUCACGCAGAAGUAUAUUUUGAUCACGAAUUGCAAAGCUAUGUUCUUGUGGAUCAAGGCAGUCAAAAUGGUACUGUUGUUAAUGGAAAUCCAAUUUUGCAGCCCAAAGCAAAAAGUGAGCCCCAAGUUUUGGAACAUGGAGAUGAAGUGAAGAUUGGGGAAACAGUAUUAUCCUUUCACAUACAUCCUGGCAGUGAAACCUGUGAUGGAUGUGAACCAGGGCAAGUGAGAGCCCAUUUACGCCUUGACAAGAAAAACAAAUCUUCUGUUGGUCUUUCAUUGACAAAGGAAGAAAAAGAAUUAAUUAGAAGAAAAGAAUUGAAACAGAUACGUGUAAAAUAUGGCUUACAAAAUACAGAAUAUGAAAAUGAUAAAGCUAUAAAAAAUCCAAAUUACAAAGACAGAGCAGAAAAGCGGCGCGAAACAGUUGGGAGUGAAGGAAAUUUUCACAGAGAUGAUGCUCCAGCCUCUAUUCAUGUUGAAAUUAGUGAUAGCAACAGAGGUCAUAAGAUGUUGGAGAAAAUGGGAUGGAAGAAAGGAGAAGGUCUUGGAAAGAAAGGUGGAGGAAUAAAGGAUCCGAUCAAGCUUCAGCUGCACAGAAAACAUGCUGGCCUUGGUUCAAGUGUUCCUAUCUCUACUGAAGACAUUCAGAUCAGCAGCAGCAAGAACAAAAGAAAUUGGGAUAAAGCAAGAGAAAGAUUUGCGGAAAAUUUCCAGGACUCUAAAUCUCAGAAGAACGUAUCUAAGGAACUACAGAAUGAAACUGAUUUAAAUAGUUAGAACACUGUUUUAUUUUUUUGCUAAAGUAUAAGUUAGAUAACUUCAAGUAUAUUUCUUUUAGGAGUUGUAUAGGCAGAUCACCUGCAAUCUAUUAUUUGGUUUAUGUAUUGUUUUUGUUUUACUUCUAAGUAUAGGAUAUUAAUGAAUUAAAAUGGUGCCGGAUUUAAUCAAAGGGAUUUGAGAUUGUGGAACAACCAAGUAAUUUAGGAGAGAUGUUAUUUGCUCACUUAAAUAGCAAAUAUUUUAGUCUGUUUUUAGACUGUGGAUCUAACGAACUUCUAUAAAAUGAAUCACUGUAUUAUGUUCAAAUUUGGUAUCCUUAACAUGAAAGAAUCAGCAGUGAUCCACUUCUUUAUAUAUGAAAUCAUUGGACUUUCUAGAAGUUUACAAGAAAAACAUCUAUUGAAAAUGUGUUAUUGUUCUUUGAGAUGAGGAAACAAUGAACAAGAAUGUUUUUUUUUCUCUCUCAAAAAGAACAUGUUUUUUUCUUCUGUGAAGAAUUUGGGUAGCUUGUUCUGAAACUGCCAUGAUAUCCAAAGCUGUUCUACACAUUAAGAAUUGAAAGUACACUCUUAGAGCAAUAUUUGUGGCAAAAACCAAAUGGGGAGGUGUCAGGUGAUUCCUGUACCCAAGGAGCCUCUUUGAAAACUUAGCAUGCAAGCACAACUGUAGCUUGUUCUUCCCAAAACCUACUAACACAAUAUGCAGGGAGAUCUGAGGUAGAAAUAUUCACUUGUGCAUUAUGAAGUGGUACUUCUGAAGUUCUGUACUGCAUUAUUCUUAACAGACAUGAGCCUAUUUGUUUCACUGGUAGUGCAUGCAUGCUAAUGCAGAUGACAAGGUAGGGGGGCAGGGGGCUGCUGGCUUUGCCACCUGUUUUUCAAAUGCUGGAUGGGACCACAGUGUCAAGGCAGCAUGGCUUGGACAGUUGUCCAUGUCAUGUAUGGGGUACAAGUAGCAUGCAGUCAGUAGCUUGUUCUUUCUGCUGUCAUCUCCCUGUGUACAUGUACAAAAGGUGAAACCGCUAGGAGGGUGCCCCAUCACAUCCUAGCCAAUGUGUAGACUAGCCUUAGUAGGGUGGCUGCACCUUCACGCCAUGUGGCAGUAGGCCUUUACAAAUUCACUGGAGUGGCUUGAGGUUUUCUGCUGACCAUCAUUACUCUGUUAGGCCUAUUCUGUAUCCAUUGCUGGCAAUGGAACUUAGCCCAGUAAUGUUUUUCUCUCUGUCCCAGAACAGAAUACUUAUUUAUUGAAAUGUCAAUAAAAUAAUGCUUUCAACUUA